UGUACGAGAAUCAGUGUAUAUUUAUCUAGCUAAAGAAUGUUGGUUUCAAAAUUUUCAAAUAUAACAAUUGCAUAAUCAUUGAAAGUUGAACAUAAGGAUAAUAUAAAAGUUCUACAGAAAUAGAACAUGCGACAGAAUUCCCAAACAUACGUGACAUCUUAUCAUUAGUGAAUAGUAAUUUCACUCAGCCAUGGUGUCACCUAUAAAUCUCCAAGAAAAAUAUAAUAAAGUUAGAAAAAGUUUCUGUUUUUAUUUGGAUAUCCAAGAUCCAGGGCUAUCUAGAUCUAUAUCGAGGCGGUUACAAGACAUGGGUUUGCGCGAGGAGGUGUUCCUGACGCCGAGUGUGACGCACGUGGUCGCGUCCCGCGAGGCGCCGAGUGUACGUGGCGCGGCGCGAUGCGCGCGGCGUGAGGGGCGGGCGCGCGCCGAUGCCAUGCUGCAACGGCUGCGGCCGGAGCCCCAGCCUGCGCCCCCGCUCACACACGCCUACGUGCACCUCACCGUACACAAGGCUAUAAGUCUAUUGGAUAAGCUAUAUGACACAUUCUUCACGGCAACGCGUAAAUCGCAUGUCAGGCUCUUCAAUAAACAUUUUAUCAAGAUUGAGUUUUUGGACAAGCUGUGCCGACCUGUUUUCAAGGAGUUUGAUGAAUGGCCCCAAAUAUCUUUAGAGCCUGAUCCUCCCAAAGAAAAAAAGGAAAAAAAAGACUCAGUAGAAAAUCUCACUAAUACAAUUAAGAAUACCCCAGGUCAGAAAAUGACUAGAAAAAGCCGGCCUCGAAUAAAGGACAAGGAGGAAAAGGAACCAAAGGGUGGUUACUGUGAAAUGUGUAACACGGACUAUGUGGACGCGGCUAUUCAUCGGCGAUCGCCGCAACAUAUGGCGUUCGUUAGGGAUCAUACAAACUUUAUCGCACUCGAUACGUUAAUAAGUUCAGGCGCUGACGUAUCCACAUUCCUUGACAAGGCGACGCCCGUCAAUGGUGAACGUAGGUCCCUUCGUAAACUCUGCAAUGGAGAUACGGAACCUAAGAACAAACGCUCAAAACGCUCCCAGUCUCCUGACUCUACAAUAAAUGAUAAAAGUCCAAAACGAAACGGUGCUCUUGAUGAAGUUACAAAACGCAGCACUCGGUGCAGCAAGAGGUCCAGCGAGUCUCAGAUAUCGGAAGGUCGCCAGUAUUACAAAGUAGUCGGAGUGAGCACAAAGUUGCGAUCGAGUGGUGGUUUCGCAACAAAAACGAAAGGUUCACCUACGUCGUGUAAUGGCACAAAACCUCUAGUCGUUAAGUUUAGAAAAGUAAGACGUUCAGAACUGUCAGUUCUCAGUGAUGAAGCUGAACAAUUUAUGUUUCCAAAACGUGCCAGCUCAACCAGCUCAACAUCGUCCGACGAUCACGAUAGUGAGGGGGAUGAUAUUAAAGAACGACCAAGGCCGAAAAGAAAAACACCACCGCAACCACCGACAUUGAACGACAGACAGAGGUUGGCGAGGCCAGUAGCUCUAAAAGAGGAAUCAUCAGAGGAGGAAAGUUGGCCACAGCCUAACAGAAAAAGAAAAAAACGAACAUCAGUCAGUACUAAAAGAGGAAGAAGGUUGCAGUAUAAAAGUCCAGCAGCAGACCCCCCACCGAAGCCGCCGGAACCAAAGCAAGCGUCUCCGCCCGAAACUGCUGAGCCUCUGAAACAGCCCGAAGCUGAGAUAAGUCCACUGAGAGAAGAGCUUUCAGAGAAAUGUAUGAAGUGGGAAGAUGGAAGACUGAAAUACACUCCUGCUGUAGAAAAUUUAGAGUUCGCCUUUGAGUCUGUACCGCACAGUGAGCCAUGGUUCGAAACGUUUAAGCGUCAAGAUCAAGAUAAAGUAAUGAUAAAGAAUUUGCCACAGUAUUUUGCUUUAUACUCUAGAUCACCAAAGUUACCAUAUGAAAUUGGUCAGUUACCACCAUUAAAGUCAAAAUGUUGCCCACUCAGCGACUUAGUGAAGCAAGAAGAGAAACCUGGUCCAUCGCGAUCUUACGGCACUCGAGGUAUGAAGAAGCAGAGGAUUAAAAAGCGUACGUUAGCUUUAAUGGCAUUAGAACAUCCUAGAAAAUCGCCAAGAGAACACGCAUCUACAUUAGCAAUACUCGGGUCUGCCGGACUGAUACAUCGGCGGAAACACGCCGAGGAUGCAAAGUCUACAGCAUCCGAGGACACCAUUAGUGACACUCACAGCAAUACUAAAGUGGAACCUAUACAGUCUGAGAGUCAAGAAGCAUCUGAAAGGAUGCAGCAGUUUUUGUCCGAAGUGUUUGAGGAUGUGGCUGACUAUGAUGUGCCCGAUGACGUCAUGGAAGGACAUACGACUGUUACCACGUUCACUAACAUUCCAGAUGUCUCCAGCUUAGUCUCUGAAUGUGAAAAUUGUGAUAUAAUUAGAAAUGAAAUUAAGCAAAACUCUAAUACUGAGGUUAAGAGUAAAAAGGGUAAAUUUAAGAAAAAGAAUAAGACUGGAUGGCCCAGCAAAAGAAAACAGGUGAGGAAAAAUUCUCGAAAUAGCAGCAUGGAGACGGAAAAAGCGGAAAGCUUAGAUACAUCUUCUAUAGAACCACCCGAUGAUGAAACCACUCAGGAUACUAUUAUUGAAGAAGAUCAUAGCCUUUCAGAGACUGAAAAAAAUGUUACAGUAAUUGAUAAUACCAUGAAAUCUGAUAAUGAAACUGAAGAAAGAAAAACAAGUAAGGCUGAAGAGAAAGAAUGCAAGCGGACAUCUCGAUCAUCUGCAUCGGAGACAGAGGAAAAAGAUAAAAAUAGUAAAAAGAAGCGUUCACAGCUAGCUAUUGGUGACUGGUUGCAGCCGAUUGUGAGAGUGUCAAGGAUGGAGGCAAACAGUGCUCGUCGUCUGCGCUCCGCCGGCCGAGUGCGCACCAACCGCACCAGGUAGCGCGCGGUGGACACCCCGCUGUUGCCCUCGCAACACGCAACACAUAAUUUCAUUAAAAGACUUUUUGUUAUAGUUUUGUUGAUCACUAUUGUUAUAGUCUCAUUCGCGAAGUGUCGAAAUUUUUCGUCAUUUGUGUAAACUAAUUUAUUUAGUCAUGUUAUAAUGCCAGACAGAAGAAUCUAGCUUCAAGUGACAUUGUAAAAUAAAGUAACAAUUCCUACAGAUAUUUAACUUCCAAUAUUUGAUUGUAACUUAUUUACGUGUAUAAUUUAUUUUGUACAUAUCCGUAUCUGUUUUUCUCGGAAACAUAGUUGCUGUUGAUACUUGAACAUUUGAGAUGCAGUAUUUAUAAAUUAAGUGUAUAAUAUGUACGU